GUGUACGAGUGGGUCCGGCCUGGCCGGGAUUGGAUUCUGGAUUCGUUUAAGGUGGAGCGGCAGCCGGGAGAGGGCACCGGAGAGCAGCUGCCCGAGCCUCCCUCCGGACUUGCCUGUCAGCCUGGCGGUCCAUCUGUGUGUUUAGGCAGCGGCAAACCCUUGUAUGAAAGUGACCGGGAAGCUUUGGCAGGUAAAGAAGCAACGAGAGACGAAGCAGCAGGACAUCUGGUAACCAUACCCAUUGGCUGCUUCCCCACCGAGCCCACAGACGCAGCCAAACAUUGGGCGGAGGGAGCCCAUCCACCUAUUCUUGCCCAUAGUGCGUUCUCCCCGAUACUCUUAGAUCCUGUCUCACUGGUGGCCCAAGAGCUUGCACUUACUCCCAAGGCAGUCGAGGGCAUCCACCUGUACCCGGUCCCCCUAUAUACGUUGCCCGGGCACAUAUGUACAAGAGGCAGUGCAGAGCAAUCCGAAUACCCGGCCUCUUCUCAAGGUGUAGCAGCGACUCAGCCUGUCCUCGGCCGCACAACCCUGGACUCUCAGGAGGCUGGAGCUGGGGGCCCCCUGGUUGUCACCCGAGCCUCGGUGGCCUCAGCUCCCAUUGGCCGAGAUGAUGAGAACAAGAUGAGCCAGGAGAAGAAAAAGAAGCCCAGCCGGAUCAUGCUGGUCAAAAGGAUCUUCAUGAAAGAUGGGGGCACGCACCAAGGCAUUGGAAAACCAAGUGUAUAUCAUGCUGUGGUAGUUAUCUUCUUGGAGUUCUUUGCCUGGGGCUUGUUGACAACACCCAUGUUAGUUGUGUUACAUGAAACUUUUCCUCAGCAUACGUUUUUAAUGAAUGGACUAAUUCAAGGAGUAAAGGGCUUUUUAUCUUUUAUGUGUGCUCCGCUAAUAGGUGCUUUAUCAGAUGUUUAUGGAAGAAAGUCUUUCCUUCUGGUGACUGUUUUCUUUACUUGCUUCCCAAUCCCCUUAAUGAGCAUAAGUCCUUGGUGGUAUUUUGCUAUGAUCUCUGUAUCAGGUGCAUUCUCAGUUACUUUCUCAGUAAUCUUCGCCUAUGUUGCAGACAUCACUCAAGAGCAUGAAAGGAGCACUGCAUAUGGCCUGGUAUCGGCUACCUUUGCAGCAAGUUUAGUGACCAGUCCAGCAAUUGGGGCCUGCAUCUCGAAAUUUUAUGGUGACAACCUUGUGGUCCUUGUAGCCACUGUCGUAGCACUCUUAGAUAUCUGUUUCAUCUUGUUAGCUGUGCCAGAAUCUCUACGUGAGAAAAUGAGACCAACAACUUGGGGAGCGACUAUCUCGUGGGAACAAGCUGACCCAUUUACUUCUCUGAAAAAAAUUGGAAAAGACACUACAGUUCUUCUAAUUUGUAUAACAGUAUUUUUGUCCUACUUGCCAGAAGCAGGGCAGUAUUCCAGUUUUUUUCUCUAUCUAAGACAGAUCAUAGGCUUCAAUUCAGGUAGUAUUGCAGCAUUCAUUGCAGUUGUGGGAAUUCUCUCCAUUGUAGCCCAGACUCUAUUGCUGAGUAUACUAAUGCGGUCAAUUGGAAAUAAGAAUACUGUACUCCUUGGCCUAGGUUUUCAAAUGUUCCAGUUGGCCUGGUAUGGAUUUGGUUCCCAACCAUGGAUGAUGUGGGCUGCUGGAGCUGUUGCAGCAAUGUCAAGUAUCACAUUCCCUGCAGUGAGUGCCCUCAUUUCACGUAAUGCUGAAUCAGAUCAACAAGGUGCUGCUCAAGGUAUGGUAACCGGUAUUCGAGGACUAUGCAAUGGUCUGGGUCCGGCGCUGUAUGGUUUUGUCUUUUACCUCUUUCAUGUUGAGCUUAAUGGAAUAGUACCAGUGCCUAGUUCAGGCAAAACCACUGCAAAGGAUCCAAUUGAUUCUACGGCGGUUAUCCCUGGUCCCCCAUUCUUGUUUGGUGCGUGUGCUGUUCUUCUCGCCUUUUUGGUUGCCUUAUUCAUACCUGAACACAGCAGCCAUUCAUCCAAAAAUAAUAGUGGAGGGAAGCAUAGCAGCAUGAUUAGCAGUACUCAAACUAAUAAUCCCGGUCACGGAAGUGAUGAGGAUAUAGAACCCCUGUUGCAGGACAGCAGCGUGUGAACAUUUUUUUUCUUGUUUUCAAAAGUUGCAUAAAGUAAAAACUAAAAGAAUGUACCAGGCUCAGUUUCAGAAAAUGCUAAAGUAACAUUUUUUUUUAACUGGCUCCAUUUUAAGAUGGGAGACUAUUAUUUUUGUCUUCAUUCUUGUAUAAAAUGGACUACGAAUGCGGUGCACAGGGACUUGCAUGGGUAAACAAAAUCUCCAGCAGGUCAAGCAGCUGAAGGUUUGAGAUUUGAAUUUUUUUUUUAAAAUCUUGGUUUGGUCUAUUUUGCUACCUCAAACCAUGUCAUUGCAUUAUAUUUUGUCUGGUGAAAAAAAAAAACUAGAUGUUGCAGUGACAGAAUAUAAGUCUCAGAAGGGUACCAUAUGCAAAAUGAGCUGGUGUUGACUAUACCUUUCAGUGCCUGCAUUCAGAUUUUUAGGAAAAAGAUGGGUUAAAGACUUGGUAUUGUCUUUCUUGCUGCUCAGUUUGAGCAACUAUGUCUUCUGCGUUCUAAAGACAAUUUAGGAGCAAACCGCAGAAACCAUUCCUGUGAUAAAAUACAGCUGCAAGAAUUUUCAAACCAAAAUCCUCAGACGUCCAGCUUAUCUUACACUUUAGUUUGUGCUAAUCGAAGCAGCCGUUUUAUUAAUGUUGAUGCCACUAUUUAGUAACUAAAAUAUUAUAUAUUUAUAGAGUAUCCCAUAUACAUCGGUUUUCUUUUUUUCCCUCACUGCACACCAUCCAUCCACCACGUGCUGUCACUUCUAAUAAGCCACCUUUGUUAGGAUAAUGGCCCUUCAUAUGUGCAGAAUAGCGCAUGACUCUGAAACUACCCAGUGCGCAUGCAAGACUGCCAGACAUGGGAGCAUGUAGGAUUUCAUUGACGGGGAAUGACACUUGAUGAAAUGUAUAGAUUGUGUAGCCACAACUAAAACCUAACUUGCAUAGGGCUGCUGUAAAGAAUGGUUUGAUUUAUUGGGCUUACAACCUGCAUAUCUACCUACCAGCCAUCGCUACCUACAUCCCCAAACCGGUUUAUUUUCCCACAUAAAAUAAUGGUGUUAUGUCAUCAGGGAAGUGGAGGAGCUGGAGAAAGGAAGAGCAUUGCAUGGGUAUUAGAAAGCAGACAUGACCCAAAUAAGUUCAACAUAACACACUCCUUACCUGCAAUGUUUUUUCUAACUGCUGAUGCAAGUUUCAUUGUUGCUCGAGUAAAGUAACGCAACCCAUCGAGCUGAAGAAAUCUACACUACCUCCAAGAACAUAUUAUAUUUCAUUAAUUAGAUUUCAUAAAUGCAGAUUUGCCUUAGUGGCAUAUCCCAACAAGUUAGAUGUUUACGUUCAUUAUUACGUUCAUUAUUGUAACUGCUCUGAUGAAAUCGAAUGUUUACUUUUUUGGGUUACUGAACGGAUGCAAAGUUACAUGUAUGUCCAUUAAAAAGGGCUGCUGUGUCCAGGGCAUUUCUCUGUAACUCACUUAGGGUUAUUUGUGCUCAACCUACCUGUAAUAAAUGUGCAGGGCAUAGAUACAGAGGCUUAAUAUUAUCUUGGUAAAUAAUAUGCAUAAAGGUGUAACAAGCAGAUCAGUGGACAUUGAAAAUGCUUUGACAAGUUUAAAUCUUUUUUAAUUGUUUUCUUGGGUGAUCACAGCACUUCUUGUGCUUUACAAGGGUAGAAAAAAUGGUUACAGUGCUCUCUUUAUAUGUCCUAGGAAAGUGGUUCAAAAUACUUGGCAGGCCAGCUUACAUCCAAUCAAGUUUGUCAGCUGAGGCAUAAAUGCUGCAGCGUAUCCCCAGUAGCUCUUGCUUGUCACUGGUGAAGCAAUUUGGACGUCCGCAGUUGGUUCUAAGUAGCUCACCCCUGACCCAAGCUGUUGCACACGGCUGUUUCUCUACUUGUGUAGCAAUUCAGAUGGAGAUAUGAUCCCAUCCUCUCCUUCUUACAAGGGAACUCAAAGGUAUCGCAUCAUCCAGUUAGCACACAAGGCUGAUUUCGGAUUGAAAGCAGAAACAUGCAUGUUUUUGUGCCGAUAUUUGCUGUGUGUAUGUGUGCACUCGCUGACUGUGGGUGUGGAUUGGCUUGCACAGCCAUAUGUGCCACUAGCCUAAUGGUGACCACAGAUAAUAUCGUACUAAACAAAUUUUCGUACGAUAUUCAGUGCGUGUAUGGUGGAAAAAGCUGACCGAUAUCAGAAGAAAACUUGGAUAUCAUUCAGCUCAUCGAUCGAGCUGGGUGGAAAGUUUUUAUAAACAUCGGCCAUUGUCGGAUACAGGUAGAAUUCUAUUAUUUGUACCUGUAUACCAGACGAUUCAGCUCUAUACGUGUGUAUUGAAACAAACAAUCUUUCUUGGAAAGAUCUUUUCCAAGAAAGAUCGUAAUGGCCACCUUAAGGGACCUAUUUUAAGAUUGUGCCAGCACUCUUUAAGGAAACCCCAUUAAUUAAAUGAUUAAUUAGUUAAUGAACUCACUCUGGGUCUUGGGCCUGAUAGGCUUGUCAAUCUUCGUUUUUUUUCUGCGAGCGUUUAAAAAAAGAAAAAAAAAAUUUUGGCAGCAUUAAGCUGCCAAACUUUUCUGCUUGUGGAAAAAAAAUGAAGAUUGAUGAGGUUAUUGGGCCUGAAACCCAGCAUGAGUUCAUUAACUUGUGCGGGAUUUCCUUACUCGGGCAAACUUAAAUAAGCCCCUAAGUGUUGCUUAAAGGAACAGUAACACCAAAAAAUUAGUCUUUAAAGUAAUGAAAAUAUAUAAUACUGUUAUGCUGCUAUGGUACAACUGGUGUGUUUGCUCAAAAACCACACAAUAGUUUAUACAAACAAGCUGCUGUGUAGCCAUUCAAAGCUGAAAAAGGCACAGGAUACACAGCAGAUAACCGAUAAACUCUCUAGUGUACAGUGGGAUUCUGUUGUCUACUGUGUAUCCUGUGCUUGAAUGGCUGCCCCCAUGGCUACACAGCAACUUGAUUAUAUAAACUAUAGUUGUGUUUCUGAACCAAACUCACCAGAAUUACCAGUACAGGGCAACAGUACAUUUAUAUUGUCAUUCUUUUAAAACACUUUAAAUUUUUUGCAUUACUGUUCCUUUAAUGCCCACUAGAACAAGCUAAAUCAAAUGUAGACAACUCUAUUAACUUGGCUGCCCAUUCAGCCAUAGUGCAAGACUGUGCAGGGACUUAGUUACUUUAUUUCUGUUCCAUAUUUCUCCUUGCAGUGCAAACACAUUGUAAAUAACGUCCAUUGAGUAGAACCCAGCCUUAAUACUGUUACCAAUCAUAGCGAACAUAUCAUAAAUUCUUCCUUCAUUAUGUUGUUUUUAAGGAUUGUGCAGAUUGUGAUAGAAUGGGGUUUAGGCAAACUUCAGUGCUCCAACUGCUGUGCCACUUCAGCUCAGAGAAUCUCUCUGACAAGUAGAGCUGGUGAGCAGUGCCGCAAGUUACUGCCUAACAAUACCAGGAGUGCAAGUUAGCCAUUUUCAGUGCUAUAUUAUUCUUGUUAAAUGAUUUUCAAUUUUAUUUUUCCGCUCUAAACCAUUAAUCACUGAGCAAAAUUCUGAAAAAAGAAAAAAAAAACCAGACAUACAUGUAUUUUUCUGGUGUAGACAUAAAUCAUUAAAAGCCAGCUGUUAACUGAGCACCGCUUUUAAUGUUUUAUAUGUAGAUAUUUGUAAGAAACUUACUUUUCCUCAAAGAAAGGCUGUGUAUAUCUUGUAUUUAUAAUUGUAACAAGAUUCUUGACUGAAAAUAUACUGCUUUUAUAUAAAGGAUUAUCUAUGACAGAAAAGGAUUUUCUUUUUCUUAAUAUAUAUAUUUUGAAAAUGUUAUACCCUCAGCAGAAAUAACAUACAUUUUGUAAUUUGCAUCUGGUUUUUAUGUUAACAGACUUCAUAAAGCAUAAUAAAUGGUCAAAUUAUA